AUUGUUCAAUGGGAAAAGUUAUCCCUUAAAUAUCAAAGAGCUGAAUAUUACGGAAUCUUAGUAUAGCGGAACUUCUCGCACUUUCCCAGAAAUUUAUUUCUUUACGCGUAGAAAUAUUUUUGCAUUCUUUUCUUUACAAUGUGAUUCAUCAGAUAGACCAUUGAAUAUGAAUGGUUCUGUGUUUGUCGACUUUAAUGGGCUAGUGGAGGAGUUUCCAGGAUUGGGAGUUGAUAGAUUUAAUACCAAUGCUAAUGUUUACCUUCUCACUCAUUGUCAUACUGAUCAUUUAGUUGGUUUAUCGGCCGCGUCUUUUAGAUCAAAGGUAUAUUGCAGUCAUACAACGAAAAGUAUAUUAGGGUUAAAUCCAGAUUAUUCACAUAUUCUCCCAUACUUGAUUCCCAUCAACUACAAUAGUCCUUUUGAAUUGCAUACGGAUCCUUUCAAAAUCAUGGUAACUCCAAUACCCGCCUAUCAUUGUCCAGGUGCAUGCAUGUUCUUAGUUGAAAGUGAUAUAAAAUCUGUUCUUAUUACAGGAGAUGUUAGAAUUGAGGAUUGGUGGUUAAAUAAUAUUUCUACAAAUGCGUCGCUUAGUCCUUAUGUCCAUGGAACUAAGAGGUUAAGCAACAUAUACCUUGAUACCACUUUUGGUUAUCGAGGUGAACCUUACAUUGAAAUUAACAGUAACACAGAAGGAAUUGGCAUAAUUAUCGAUAUACUAAAGUCAUAUCCUAUGGAUGAUCCACAAAUUUGCUUCAACUUCUUAGAUCAAGUUUUGGGGUUUGAAGAGGCAUGGGCUCUGAUAGUUCAUGCUUUUGAAGGUAGAUUGGUCGUAACCGAUUUGAUGAAAAGGCGUAUACUGGUUAUUGGAAUGGAUAGUAUAGUUUCAUAUGCAGAAUUAUUAAUUAACCUAAGUGAUCAUAAGAAGUCGAAGGGUCCUAUAUUCAAAGUGGCUCAAGGAGAUGAGACUAAGUUCCAAGUCAAUAUUAAACAAUGUAUAAAUUUCAAUAUUGUUGACUUUACUGGCAUAUUUUUGCCAGUAUCAAUCCAAUCUUUAAGAGAAGAUGAAUUUGAGUUAGUUUUCACUACCAAUAAAGGUAAUCAGAUUUACAAGUACAAUUCAAGAGCUUGGAUAUUACCCAAAGGUGGUACUGAAUUACUUCCAAGUGAACUAAAGUUACUAUUUUCUCGACAUGCUUCUUUUCUGGAGUGUAGAAGGCUAGUCUGCAUGUUCAAGCCAUGUCAGGUAUACCCAUGUGUCUCAUCACCCCAAAUGUGGAAAUCAGGUUUCUCAAUGUAUCGGCUUUUUGGGGAUUUAUGUACAAAUGAUAGAGCAGAUUAUUCAUAUGAUAUAAGUAUGUUUAAACAGUUUGGAUAUCCAGAGCGUUCAAUAUUAGAACGUCGCAUCACAGUGAUAAAUAGAUGGAAAUUUGAAGACUGCCUCGACGAGUACAAUAUGGUAACCAAUUACAUGGCUACCAAUUACAACAGUUCCAAUCAUUCCAUUUUGAAAGGACAGCUUCACAAUUAUGAACAGUUUCAACUAAAAAAUAACUUGGAAGUUCAAGUUGCAAGAGCUAAAGAUUUCAAGCUUCAAACCAUCAUUGCUGGUCGUUCAGAGGCAAGGUAUAAAGCAAUAAUACAAAAAAAUCAAGAAUUAUAUAGAGCAAGACCAAAAAUAAAAUCAAGAAUUACUCAUGAUUACCAUACUGAUUCUGAAGAAGAUGAUAUAUCUGACAAUGAAUCUAUACAAGAGUCAUUCAGUGAGAAUGGCAUAGUUUCAAAAGGACCCAUAGAUUCAGAUGUGGAUGUAAGUCCCCUGAAGAUAGAUCAGAUAUCUUUAUUAUUGACACAAGACCCUUUUAAUUGGUUUGAUGUAACUCUACAAUCUUUAGAAUCAAAUUUACGACCAUAACUCUUUUUAUACGUUAUAUUAAUCUAUAUACCCAGUUAAGCUAAUAUGAAGAGUUUUAAUAAUAUACAAAUG